AUGAGAGCAGGCAAUAAGAAACCUGGAUCAUGUAUGGUUUGCCGAAAGCGCAAGGUAAAAUGCGAUCGAACGAAGCCCGUGUGUCAAGCGUGCGUGAAAUAUAACGCAGCGUCGAAAUGCAGUUACGUUUCAACAAAAAAGAACAUCAAAUUUCUGCAUGUUAAGCAUGCGGGGUAUGACGACCUAAAGGGUUCGAGAACAUCCAUUUCGAAGUCUGAUAAGAAAAGAACAAGCUUUCUCGAAUCGAGGCUUUCCUACCGAGAAAGGCAGUGGCCCGAAUCAGCCUCUCGAGACUUAUUUGGGGCAUUGAGUAAAUUUGAUAGUAUGAGCUUCCAUGAUGAUUAUGAGGCGAUUGAGCUAAAAGGUAAAAGAGUGGCAUUUGCGGGACCCCUGCAUUAUGCGGCUGUCAGCAAGAGAGACCCCUUCUUCAACAUCAUUGUCACGGAAAUGCGCCGGGAUUUUGCCCACUUCCGCGAUAAGGCUUUGAAAACAGCUCGAAGGAGGGAUCGAAAAUAUGCCUAUCCGUUUUACUCUCAAGACGAGAUCGUAAGUCAUCUACUGGUAAGCAGACACAAAUCAGGCGAGCUGCUGGACGUCAAAACUGAUGGGGCAUUCAAUCAAGCGCCAUUCGCAACGGCAUCAAACCAGCCGGUAAAAGACAGUACAGCUGUUAUUGCCGAGCAGCACAGAAGCGGUGUGGAUGAAGCCCGCAUAGAAAAAAAAUUCAGAAGAAGGCUUCUUGAAAAUGAGGGCAUGGACGAUCGUACGCCGGAUUCUGACAAUGAGCGCUUCAGGCCCAAUCUUUUAGAAGUGGUGCAUCGAUUGACCAAGGAGGCCGAAAUGAAGAAUACAAGGAAAAAUGCUUUGAAUGGAGAAAAAGAAGUGCGCAGCGAAAAUGAAAUGUUGGCGAAGAUACACUUGUUGCUUAAGAAAUUACAAGAAGGAGAGUUAAAGCAAUUUAUUGCACCCAUGUUACCUGUGCGAACUUUCUCUACUGGAGGGUAUGCUAUGUCAGAUUUGGAAGCGUCUGUUUAUGCGAAAAUUGAAGAUUUGCUACCUCCAUCGAAAGACAUCUGGGGGCUCGUGGAUUAUUACUUCAAUUCGCCGCUACACGCCCUAUUUCCCAUACUAACAGAAGAUUGGUUUCGUGAAGACCUGUAUGAUUUAAUCGGAAAGCCAAAUCAAUCGAAAACUUCGCCGGUCAUAUCAAUCAAAACCAGAUUUGACUUCUCCAGGCUGGGCUGCAUGUUAUUGGUUCUUCGUCUAUCCUACUUGAUGCAUCACGAAAGGAUCGGGUUGCGCGCAACCGGUGACGAGCUCGUUGGCAACCUGCACCCGAUCGGCCCAAAGUUUGCAGAAACUGCUUACCUGUGUCUAAAUCUUUUCAGACUUCAGAGAAAAGCACUAUUACCAGUGUUACACUGUGCCUUGCUCUUACAUCUUUAUCGACGUUACGCUCCUGAAGAAGGUGAUGCGGUUGACGGUGGAGAUAUUGAGCCGUUUUCAAGUCUCAUAUGCGGUAUGGCAACUUCGAUCGGAUUACACACAGAAACAGAAUUUGUUCAAUUCCCGUGCCCGGAAAUGUUUCUGAGCGGCUGGCGAAAGUGUUGGUAUGUUAUUUACUUGAUGGACCUCCAUGAGUGCAUGGACAGUGGUCACUCUUUGAAAAUACACGAGAAUAGUUUCAACACUAAACUCCCGUCAAUGGACAUCGAUGCGGACGGUGGGAUGCCGAGUUAUGUAACUAAUGCCACCAUGGAAAUCGCUUCAAUUGAAUGCAUGGCUAAAAAUUAUGAGAUGUCGCAUGCAUGCAGAAGGCUUCUGAAUGUCGUGAUGAAUAAACGAUUUAAAACAAGCUGCCAGGAAAUCCAGGAACUAUGCGACGAACUUGAGUCUAGCGUAAGGUCGUUCUGCGGAGAUGGUCUGCGAUCCAUUAUGGUAAGGAAUUGUGCUAAUAAACGGGACUUUAUCAUGAAAUGCAAUGAUUUUGGGAAUUUUGUCGACACUGCCUCGCUACUGUCAAUGGUCACCUUUCACUUGUUCCUUCACACUGACAGGUGUAUAACAGAAAGACCUGAGCUUUGCCAUUACACCACAUCGCUGUACUAUCUAGAGAAGCUUCUGAAGUACUACGUGGAGGUUGAGCCAAUUUUGCUCCUGAUACUAACUGGCAAUAACCCUUCCCAUGGUGCGCCCGAUGUUUUCGAUGCCAUAUUUGGAGUUGGUUCUGAGCUUCUCAUAAUGUACUCUUGUAGAAGCUUCAUCACUCGCUUCACCAUAACUUUGCAGUGCUUCGCCUCGAGACUAAAGCAUUUGAGGCUGAAUUUCAUGAGGCAGGAGGAAGAAAGUGAGAUUUCGAUUAUUGUAAUUGCCUUGCUGGAAGUGACUCUCAAAAAACUCUCUUUAAUCACCACUAUUUCACAGUCACUCAGUGCAACCCACUUUUUUGCAUGGAGAAUAUCCAAAGCUCAUUCUCGUGUGUACCAAAUUCUACAGGCUGAGGACGGCUUGCUAGAAUGCAAAAUUCCAGAAAGACAUAGCCCGCAAAAAAAGUUUGCAGCCGAUGAAAGGGAUACAUUCUCGUCAUCUUUCAAAAACUUUAAGACCAUACCUGAAUACAAUAGCCUAACUAUUGCGAAAAUUUCGGAUUUCAAAAGGCUACUUUCCAUUCUAAAUUCUACAGACUGGGAAAUGUUCUCAUCUUUUGUGGAGCCAGCUAAGAUCACUUAUUUGUUGAAUAAAGCCAGUGAAUUGUCUGUCAAAACGCAUCAUGACUUGAGAAGCUGGUCUAGACUGCGCCAGAAAAACACAAGUGUGAACUCAGACUCUGUGGCACAGACUGCGGCUCUUCCUUCAGAGAUCCUGGGUUUGAAUACAACCCGGGACUCUGUCAUCGUUAAUGUUUCGGGUGAGAUGGAUUCCGGUGCUACGGAUGACUUUAUUCCUCUAGAUGAAGUAGAUGCUUUCUGGUAUAGUACUAAGCUUCGGGACCCUAGCAAUAGUGCAAGCCUACCGUUCUCGGCGGGCAACAUGUGGUAUGAGGAUUCUGGCCUUAGCCUCAAGCCCGACCGAACUCAUUCAAAUACGAAGAAUAAACUGGAAGGCACACGACAAAGAGAGCCGGGCAGUACAGGUUCUGGAAAUACCGAUUUUUCGGUAUCAGGGCAUGUUUCCGAAUGGCUUCAAAAGCUCAACGAUGAAACGCGGGUUUUUAAUGGCGAGGGCGCGGAUAGCGGUUCUCAUCAGGAGUUUAAUUUCAAUGAAUCGGAGGUCAUAAAGAGUCAUGAAGGUGGUAUUUCCGCCGAAGAAUUUACAGAGUCUUUCCCAGACUCAGAGUUGUUAUUCCCAACAUUCAGUGCGUUAGCGGAUGAUAUUGGCUAUAACUAA